CAGAAAUUUUGUCUGCCGCGGUCACUUUCACGCUACGUCUGUCUGAAUGAAACAACAUUCUCUUUGAAAAUUUCUCUUCGACAUGAAGGAUUUGCAACUGCACUAGCCUUUUCUAACAACCAUAAUUCAAUUGCUUACAGGAGCAAAGGAGGUGUUCUUAGACUAUAAUAAAGAAUUACACCCUCAUUAAAAUACGAAAAAAGUGAGUUUAGCAUGAAGUCGCUAGUUUUACUUCUGAUGACAUUAAAUUAUCUGGGAGUAGAGAGUUACACCGAUACCCAUCAAACCCAGCUGCAUACUGAUUUGUUAACCGGAUAUGACAGAAGAGUCAGACCAGGUGAUGGGAACACACCCACGCAAAUAGGACUCACGUUCCAAGCAAUUUCUCUGAAGGAAUUCUCUGAAAGCGAGGGAAAAAUCGCAUUGGUGGGAGCAUUGAUGCUAGUUUGGAUGGAUACGAGGUUGUCGUGGAAUCCGGCAUCUUAUGGAGGUGACCUUGAACGAACUGUCUUGUAUAUCAAGGACAUAUGGGUACCAAAGUUGGUGAAUAUGAAUCCAUACGGGCCCGUUAAAAUGUUAGGUGUGAGUGAGAUGUUGUGUGAGAUUUCCAACACCGGUGUCGUGUCAGUAAUCCUACCAGACCUGUACGAAUCCACUUGCGACGCGGAUGUCUCGAAUUAUCCAUUCGAUUCACAAACGUGCACGCUUCAGUACUAUAUCCCUGGGUAUUACGUUGACGAUAUCAACUUAGCGGCAUCUGAACCUACCUUUGGCAUGAUACUGUAUGAAGAGAACGGACUCUGGAAAAUCACAAACACAUCAGUUACAGUCGCUACACAAGUGACCAAUUUCCAGAUUCUGAAACUUUCCUUAAGCAUGGAGAGACGUACGACUUACUACAUAGCCGGUCUUCUUCUUCCGAUUCUAUUAAUGAAUGUCAUACAACUACUCGUGUUUAUAAUUCCGGUCGAAUCCGGGGAACGUAUAGGCUAUUCUAUUACCGUGUUAUUGGCAAUUGCGGUUUUUCUUACUAUAAUACAAGAUAAACUUCCGGAAUCGUCUGAGCCGAACGUAUCCCUUCUUACUUACAAACUCUUAGUAGACAUGGUCAUCGGCUGCGGCAUGAUCUUUGCUGUCGUGAUUGGUUUGAGAUUCUACUUCCGGACCGAGAACUUGCCAGUACCCGGAUGUCUGCGUGGCUUUGCUCGGUGCUUCUAUUUAUGUUGUAAACGGAAACGUCCGACACAGACUGUAGUUCCCGAGAAGGAAGACCCCGACACUGAAUCUUACAGCGUAACUUGGCAUGAUGUUGGAGAGGCAUUUGAUCGCAUGUGUUUACUGUUGUUUAUUUUGUCACUGAUAUUGAAUAAUGCUAUUUACUUUGCAGCAAUAUCGUUAAAAUAAAACCUUACAUUCGAAUUGUUAUAUAUAUAAAUCCAAAACAACCUCACAAUGCAUGUACAACUCAUUACCAUCUAACAUAUUUUCCACAUAGUAAUAUUCAUGUGCGUUUUGUGCAAUAACCGAUUUUAUUACACAUUAUAUACCCAAGAUUAUUUUUUUGCCCAUCAUCAAAAUUUUAGGGUGGCAAUCUCCAUAUCGUGACGAACUUCCUAUCAAAUUAAGCAAUCUGUAAGUAAUGAAUUCAAAUCCUGCUGCUACUUUUGUAAUGUUUAACUUUCCAAAUAUCUUUAAAAUAAUUAUUUUGUCAAAUAUGAAUGGCAACACUCAUGGAAAAUUCUAAAUGGUGAAAGUUUUUUUCAUUAUUAUGUUCUUUCAUUUACAAUAAAAUCGACAGGUAUCCCAUACCACCUUAAAAACGCUGUUUAUAACAAAAUCAUACGAAUUGGAAUGGCUAGCCUAUCUUUGCUAAUAUGUAAUUUUCAUUUUUAUAAGAAAAUAUAACAUGCAUAUAUCUCCCCCCUUUUGGUACAUGAAAUUUAUAGAUGAAAAAUUGUCGAGCUUUUAUGUUUCGUUAAAAUGAAUACAGGCUUUUUACAUCAAUGAUUCAGAAAUAUUAAUAAUAUUACAGGAUUCAAUCCUAUAAAUGUAAUCAAAGUACUCAUAGUACUGAAAAGCGACAACCCGGCUUCUGAAUGUAUAUAAAGGAUAAACAGUGUAUGUUUUUAACAUUUCAGCUUCUGUAUUGCCACUAUACUGUAUUUCCUCAUCACUGCGUGACACCCCCUGCAAUAACGACAAUAAAGCGCUAGGCUAUGCUUAGCGCUUUAAAAAGGAAUAGAGAGAUUUGGUGAAUUAUUAUUUUGUGUGAAUUCCUAUAUGUAUGUACAAAUUAUCUCUAUGCGAUGGAAGGAAAUUGAAAGUUAAAUCAAAUAAAUGAAUCGUUGUGUUUGAAAUGGAUGUAACAGAACAAUUCUAGCAUACACUGAAAUUAAAUGGUUGAUGAUAUGGGUACAAUUCUUUUUUUUUUAAACACGCCAAUUAAAUGUAGAACAUUUAAUAUCAUUAUGACAUCUUUAACAUGAUGGAGUUCACCAAGAAGUGUUUUAUACUAACAUUUGAAUAUAACCAAUUUUUCUUUACAACCACAAUUCAAGGGACCAAGUGAUUACAAUGGAUAAUGUAUAACAUAAUUAAGAACUUCUUCGGUCUUCAGACCCAUACGUAUAGAAACGUCAUGAAAUAUAAGAGGUUUUUAUCAUAAAUGUGAUCAAAAUGAAGAAGACAGCGAGUUUCAUUUUAUUUUAAAAAUGUCCAUUUUA